AUUAAUUUGCUGGUCUCCAAAUGAUCUGACUCUUGUUUCAUGAUUAAUCCAAUCGCCAACUAACCUGAGUUUUCAUCAAGCCACUCUGUUGCUUAUGCUUCUUCGUCUCUGAACAACCACCCCGGGUAUUGGCAAGAUGGAAGUCAUUUCUCACGCUGAAAAAACUGCUGUCAAUGAUGGCUUAGAAUAUGAUCAUGUCAAAGAAGUGGAUGACUUCAAUGAAACAAAAGCUGGAGUGAAAGGCCUUGUUGACUCUGGCGUGGUCAAGCUGCCAAGAGUCUUCAUCCAUCCGCCGGACAACGUGCCAAAGUCAUCAUCCAACGCUCAUGCUCCAGUGGUCGAUCUAAAAUGCUUUGAAAGAAGUGAUCGAAGACCUGAGAUUGUGAAAGCCAUACAUGAUGCAGCGAAAACAUGGGGUUUCUUUCAGAUGAUAAACCAUGGAGUUCCAGAUGAAGUUAUGGAUAAGCUGUUAGCCUGUAUAUAUGAGUUCCACGAGCAACCAUAUGAAGUGAAGUUCAAGUAUUACACACAUGAUAGGAGCCAACCAGUGAGAUGUUACAGUAAUGAAUUUCUCAACAAAUCAAAACCAGGGAACUGAAGAGACACCUUAUUAUGUGUGUAUUUUGAUGAACAGUUGGACACAGAAGCCUUGCCUAUUGUUUGCAGAGAGCCAAUCGGUGAGUUCAUGGAGUUCAUGUUUCAACUAAAGAAGACAUUAUAUGAGUUACUAUCUGAGGCUCUAGGUAUAAGCAGUGAGUAUCUAGAAAGCAUUGAGUGCAUAAAAACUGCGUCUCUUGGGUGUAACUAUUACCACGUAUGCCCUGAGCCAAACUUAACUCUAGGAGUCGCCAACCAUUCAGAUCCUUCCUUUUUAACCAUACUUUUGCAGGACAAUAUUGGUGGCCUUCAAAUUCUUCGUUAUAAUCACUGGGUUGAUGCGCCCCAUUUGCAGGGAUCUCUGCUAGCAAACGUAGGAGACAUUUUGCAGCUGAUCAGCAAUGAUAAGUUCAAAAGUGUGAUGCAUAGAGUGGUGGCCGGAAGCGUUGGAAAUCGGGUUUCAGCUUCAUGUUUCUUCCUUCCAGUUACUAGUAACAGAGACAAAACAUUUGGACCAGUGAAAGAGCUGCUAUCUGAAGUCAAUCCUCCCAUAUACAGGGAAAUAAGCUAUUCUGAAUAUAUUGCCCAUUUUAAAUCAAAAGGCCAUGAUGUUACCUCAACCCUGAAUGGUUUCCAGCUCUGAUUCCCGAGAUGGAAUUUAAAGCAAAGAUUAAUAAAACUUAUGACCGUGCCACAUAGAUUUCAAGUUGAAACCUUUUGGCACUGGCUAUGGUUUGUACUUUGUACUAGCUUCAAGCAUUUGAGAGACUCUGUUUUUGUAAAUUUCUAAAUUUGGUCUUUGUUUAAGUGUUAAAGAAACAAUAUCUAUUAGUAGUAGUAACCUAAUCCGUGUCUCUGUAUAGGAUCUUCAGCUUAGAGCGUGCUUCAUAAGUAAAU